AUGGUGAACGUACCAAAACAGCGCAGAACUUACUGCAAAAAAUGCAAGUGCCACAAGAUUCACAAGGUGUCUCAGUACAAAAAGUCCAAAGAAAGGCACGCUGCCCAAGGUAGAAGGCGUUACGAUCGUAAACAGCAAGGUUAUGGUGGACAGUCCAAACCUAUCUUCAAGAAAAAGGCAAAAACCACAAAGAAAAUUGUGCUUCGUUUGGAGUGCGCCGACUGCAAAGUGCGAUCCCAGGUGGCGCUGAAGCGCUGCAAACACUUUGAGCUUGGUGGUGACAAGAAGAGGAAGGGACAGAUGAUCCAGUUC